AUGAACGGCGCGGCGGCGGCGGCGGGCGGAGAAGGCGGGCGCAGCGUCUGCACGCAGACCGACAGCCUGACCGGCCAAGUACCGAGGCUUUCUAAAGUGAACCUUUUUACUUUGUUCAGUCUUUGGAUGGAACAUUUCCCCUCCGUUGAGCAACAAAAGAACUUAGAGGUGAAGAAGGCAGGUCUGGUUGUCGUGAAGAAUAUGAAAAUAGUCGGUCUUCAUUGCUCCAGUCGAGACUUGCAUGCUGGUCAAAUUGCACUCAUUAAAUAUGGGUCAAGGCUUAAAAACUGCGACCUGUAUUUUUCAAGGAAACCAUGUUCGAUGUGUUUAAAAAUGAUUGUAAACGCUGGCGUGAACAGGAUUUCUUACUGGCCCGCGGAUCCUGAAAUAAGCCUGCAGCAUGAUGCGUCUAAUGAAGAUGCCAAGCUGGAUGCCAAAGCGGUGGAAAGACUGAAGUCCAACAGCCGCGCUCACGUGUGCGUCUUGCUUCAGCCCUUGGUCUGUCACAUGAUGCAGUUCAUCGAGGAAUCGUGCUACAAGUGUGACUUCAUUCAGAAAAUUGCUAAAACGCAGCCUGGACUGAACACUGGCUUUUACACCGAGUGCAGACAAGAGAUGAUAAAGGAGCUCGAGAGCCUGUUCCUAAUUCCAAGCGAAGAAACACACAAGCAAAUAUUAAUCACUAUAGGACUGGAGAACCUUUGCGAAAAUCCCUAUUUCAGCAAUCUGCGGCAGAACAUGAAAGAUCUGAUCCUCCUCUUAGCUACCAUAGCUGUCAGCGUGCCCGCUUUUGGCCAUUUUGGAUUUUAUUGUAAUAAAUCAGCGCCCGCCAGUGAAGCAUAUUACCAGAGGUUGCCCCAAGAAGUGGCAAGGCACUGCAUGAUACAAGCCAGGCUGCUGGCCUACCGCACGGAGGAUCACAAAACUGGAGUUGGAGCAGUCAUCUGGGCAGAAGCAAAUGCAGAAAGCUGUGAUGGAACAGGAGCCUUGUACUUCAUAGGAUGUGGUUACAACGCCUUCCCUGUUGGAUCUGAAUAUGCUGACUUUCCACACAUGGACGAUAAGCAAAAAGACCGAGAGAUCAGAAAGUUCCGAUACAUCAUACAUGCUGAGCAGAAUGCUUUGACGUUCAGGUGUCAAGAAAUAAAGCCAGAUGAGAGGAGCAUGAUAUUUGUGACAAAAUGCCCAUGUGACGAAUGUGUGCCUUUAAUUAAAGGUGCUGGUAUCAAGCUGCUCUAUGCAGGAGAUGUUGAUGUUGGAAGGAAGAAAGCGGAUAUCUCCUACAUGAAAUUUGCUGAAUUGGAAGGCGUUAGAAAAUUUACAUGGCAAUUAAAUCCAUCCUACAGUUGUGCUCCAGAGCAUGAAGAGCUCACAAACAAGGAAAGCAGGAACUGA